AUGGAUAUCCGUCUGCUAAAACCAAGUGAUAUACCGCAUGUGCAGCAUGCGAACAUCACCAAUCUGCCCGAAAAUUAUUUUAUGAAAUACUACCUCUACCAUGCUCUGUCCUGGCCCCAGCUUUCAUACGUCGCAGUCGAUGUCUCGCGCCCGAAGAAAUCGCCUUAUGAUUACCCAAGAAUCGUAGGAUAUGUGUUGGCGAAGAUGGAGGAGGAUCCGCCGGAUGGAGUGCAGCAUGGUCACAUUACGUCGUUGAGUGUAAUGAGGACGCAUCGACGAUUGGGCAUUGCAGAGAAAUUGAUGAGGCAGUCACAACGAGCAAUGGUCGAAACCUUCAACGCACAAUACGUAUCUCUCCACGUCCGUGUUUCCAACAACGCGGCCCUACGUCUUUACCGCGACACUUUAGGAUUCAAGAACGAGAAGAUAGAAGCGAAAUACUACGCCGACGGUGAAGAUGCGUACUCGAUGAAGCUGGAUCUUGGAUUCAUUCGAGAGCAGAUAGUCGAUGAGGAGGACGAGGACGAGGGCGAGCCAGUUGGGAGUCUAGGAAAGGAAGGAGGUGACACCGAGGUCAAUGGAGGAGAUGCAGGUCCAAAGAAGAGGAAGGUUAGAGUUGGCCGGGGACUUGGUGUUGGAGAUCUGGUUGAAAGGGAUGAGAGUCACAAGGCUUGA